AUUGCAAAUCGUGUACCAUUCAUCUUCUGUGCGUGCAUAAGUUUCGAUAUUAAGUUAAGACUUUUUCUGACUGGAAGGAAACAUGAUGUAAUGAAAUUUACUUUCAUUUCAUUCAAAUGUUAUUUCUACCACUAUACAUUUACAGAUUCUUAACAAUAUGAAUCGAAUUGAGUGGGUAACUUUGGUGACUGUGGCAACCCUGGCAACGGUUACAUUGAAAGUGGAAGGUCAACGUUCAUGUUCUACCGAUGGCUGUCUCCAUGGUAACGGUGGUCUACGAUGUCAGUCAUGUCAACCCGGGUGUUACGGCUCAACAUGCAGCUACACAUGUCAUGGACGCUGCCAUACAGACGGCUGUAACAGACAAACUGGCCAGUGUUUCAGAUGCCGACCAGAGAUCUACGGACGAGACUGCGACCAAACAUGUCCACUUCAAUGCGCCAACAGUGUGAUAGGCGGGAAUGUCUACUGUGAUCGAGACAAAGGUGCGUGUUCUGAAGCAUGUCGACCAGGAUGGAGCGGUACACACUGUACCGAAUCAUGUCCGCCCAACUGCAAACAUCAAACCUGUAAAAAGCAAACAAAACAGUGUAUCACCGGGUGUGAGACAGGCUGGACAGGAGAUUACUGUAAUACAACAUGUGACAACUGUCUGAUGGGAAAAUGCAACGAUAAGGGCUACUGUCUCUUGGGCUGUAAAGCGGGCUUCUUCGGACAAAACUGUGAUAGGGGAUGUCCACACUGUUGGACUACUGGCUGUGACAGAGGUUCCGGAAUCUGUGAACAGUGUCAUCCUGGUUACCAUGGCUCCAAAUGCACCGAGACGUGUCCUGAAACCUGCUAUAAAGGCCGGGAGGGUUACAGAAACUGUGACCGUCACACCAAGGCUUGUCUCGAGGGCUGUGAACCUGGAUGGCACGGGUCUCAUUGCAACACACCGUGCAGCACCUCAUGUACAGCUGCCCGAUGUUACAGCCAUGACGGUUCCUGUGUAGAUGGAUGUGUACCAGGUUUCUAUGGCAAACACUGCCACAAGAGAUGCAUUCAUGGAAACUGUAAAAACAACACUUGUGACCGCCAUGGUCAUUGUAAGGAAUGCAAAGAUGGCUGGUUUGGAGAAGACUGUCAGCGACUUUGCCCAGCACUGUGUGAGUCAUGUCUUCGCGACACUGGGCAAUGUUCACGGUGUUCUGAUGGCUAUCAUGGUCCUGACUGUGAUGAUAAAUGCAGUGACACCUGUUUGCAUCACACAUGUGACAGAGAUGGCAACUGUUUUGAGUGUAGAGAUCUGACGUACGGAACUCGGUGUCAAUACCCAUGUAGCGAGAACUGCGUGAGAUGCGACCAGACAACGGGGGCGUGUACAAGGUGCAGAGGAGGACAAUCCCUUGAAGACGGUAGAUGUACCCCACCAGUAUCUGUACAUUAUACAUCCUCGGGGGCAGAUUCCGUGAAGCAUACUCUACAUGAAUUGAAACAUUUGUUAUUUAUACCCUCAACACUUCUUAUCGGUGCAUGCGCUAUGACUUUGCUCGACCUUUGUAACACAGCCAUCUAUAAGCCUCUCCAGUCAGUUUCCAGAUUCACCACAAAUAUGAAUCGAAUGCAGUGGACAACUCUGGGGAUUGUGGCAAUCCUGGCAAUGGUUGCCUUAAAAGUCGAAGGUCAACGUUCAUGUUCUACCGAUGGCUGUCUCCAUGGUAACGGUGGUCUACGAUGUCAAUCAUGUCAACCCGGGUGUUACGGCUCAACAUGCAGCUACACAUGUCAUGGACACUGCCAUACAGACGGCUGUAACAGACAAACUGGCCAAUGUUUCAGAUGCCAACCAGGGAUGUACGGACGAGACUGCGACCAAACAUGUCCACUUCAAUGUGCCAACAGUGUGAUACGCGGGAACGUCUACUGUGACCGAAACACAGGUGCGUGUUCUGAAGCAUGUCGACCAGGAUGGACCGGUUCACACUGUACUGAAUCAUGUCCGCCCAACUGCAAACAUCAAACCUGUAACAAGCAAACAAAACAGUGUAUCACCGGGUGUAAGACAGGCUGGACAGGAGAAUACUGUAAUACAACAUGUGACAACUGUCUGAUGGGAAAAUGCAACGAUAAGGGCUACUGUCUCUUGGGCUGUAAAGCGGGCUUCUUCGGACAAAACUGUGAUAGGGGGUGUCCACACUGUUGGACUACUGGCUGUGACAGAGGUUCCGGAAUCUGUGAACAGUGUCAUCCUGGUUACCAUGGCUCCAAAUGCACCGAGACGUGUCCCGAAACCUGCUAUAAAGGCCGGGAGGGUUACAGAAACUGUGACCGUUACACCAAGGCUUGUCUCGAGGGCUGUGAACCUGGAUGGCACGGUUCUCAUUGCAACACACCGUGCAGCACCUCCUGUACAGCUGCCCGAUGUUACAGCCAUGACGGUUCCUGUGUAGAUGGAUGUGUACCAGGUUUCUAUGGCAAACACUGCCACAAGAGAUGCAUUCAUGAAAACUGUAAAAACAACACUUGUGACCACCAUGGUCAUUGUAAGGAAUGCAAAGAUGGCUGGUUUGGAGAAGACUGUCAGCGACUUUGCCCAGCACUGUGUGAGUCAUGUCUUCGCGACACUGGGCAAUGUUCACGGUGUUCUGAUGGCUAUUAUGGUCCUGACUGUGAUGAUAAAUGCAGUGACACCUGUUUGCAUCACACAUGUGACAGAGAUGGCAACUGUUUUGAGUGUAGAGAUCUGACAUACGGAACUCGGUGCCAAUACUCAUGUAGCGAGAACUGCGCGAGAUGCGACCAGCCAACGGGGACGUGUACAAGGUGCAGAGGAGGACAAUCCCUUGAAGACGGCAGAUGUACCCCAUCAGCAUCUGAACAUUAUACAUCCUCGCGGGCAGAUUCCGUGAAGCAUACGCGAUUUAAAUUAAAACAUUUUUUCUGCAUUUUCUUAACACUUAUCUGUGCAUGCGCUAUGACUUGGCGUUGCUAGAAGAUAAGUUUCAUUAUAUUCAGUUGGUUCGGUCACUGUUUAGGAGUGCAGUAUUGGUCCCAAAAUGUCUUUCAUCAUUAUAUGACCUAUUAACUCGUGUCAGUUUCCGUUUCGACUUUACAAAAACAGUUCAGCUAUUCUUAACAGAUCGUUAUGUUACAUUGUUUAUAGAUAUUCAAGCAACAUUGUUCGAGAUAUUGUGCCAUCUACCUGGACAUUUGACGAGAUUAUCAUCGCUGACAUGUAUUUUAAUUCGUGUGAUUGUGCAAAAGUUAAGAGUUAUGUUAUAAGUUAACUGUUUUUGUCCAUUCUGUUGUCUGUUGAAAUAAAUAUAUUUGUUGUUUUAA